AUGGUUAAAAUUAAAAAGAGUUUGAGGUGGGACCCGGAAGUUGAUCGACAGCAAGAAGCCUUUGCUUUAAAGUCCUCCGAAAGUCGGCGAGGCGAUCCGAAAGUUGAUCAACAGCAAGAAGACUUUGCUUCAAGGUCCUCCGAAAGUCGGCGAGGCGAUCCGCAUCGUCCGACCGUCUUCAAUCUCGCCGGGAAAGACGUAUUGCGGGAGCAAGACGGAAAGGCUUAUUUCGGCGGAAAACUUCUCCUGAUCACUAUGCUACACCUGGAACGAGGCAACCAGGUAAUUUACCACGACCUGGAUGACUACUACGAUGAUUUCUACACUGGCAAGAAUUUUCCACCCAGACUGGAGAGGCACCUUUCCGGGGCGGUCGUUUCAAAAGGCUUCACGAUGAUCAGUCCCACCCUGAAAAAAGCGGCAAGAUAUUUAGCUCCGUCACUGACGCUUAAUGACAAAACUGCGCUACAAAGAGGACAGGAGCUGGCUGGAAAACUUCCCCUGCAACGAGGAAUGGUUUGCGUUCGCUGGCAGUUUCCGGACUGCGAUCAGGUGCUCAUUGUUAGGGGGGAUGGGGAAAGGACACCGGAGGAGCUUCAUGACGAAGAGGCGGAUUACGGCGUGGACACAUAUUACGAGGUGGUUGAGAAGAAUGGUGUUUCCAUCGAGCACCAGACCAUCUGUUUCCUUUGUCGUGCUCUUGGGUCUGAUAUCUCGGCCGAAGAAGAACAUGUACUGAAUAGCCUACUCAAGAAGUUACAACGGCAGAGCUUUGAGAUAGCAUAA